UCAAUACACCAUUAUCAGAUAAAAUAAAUUAUUACUUUAUAUUUUUAUAAAAAUGAGUGGAGAUACAAUAUACGAAGUCAGGAGAAAAUGCAAUGUCACCAAAAUGCGUGCACAUGAUUAUUUAUUUGAUACGUCGUACGUUGUGUCUGGUGCUCGGGACUACGCAAGAGCGGCGUUUAGAGCCGCCAUGAGCUCCGCACAAGUAAGCGUCCAUCCAGUAUACAGUACUAUGUUUUCUGAAUUGAGAGAGUUCCCAAGAGUUGAAGUUGUGUACCAUCCUAACUGCCGUCUACCAAGCCACGUAGACUGUUCCUACGAUGCAUAUCAAGAUAGACAGAAAGAGGCGAGGUCUAUUCCCCUUCCGGAUCCAAAUUCUGGGAAGUAUUACUUCACAUUUUGUGCUGUACCUAAAAAAAUUGCUUUACAAUUAAAAAGUGCAACACCAGACUUCAAGCCGCCGACUCCGUAUUGCCCGUCCAAAUAUGGCGGUCGACCGAAGAACAAGGGCACCCAGAGUUUGUACAGAGAGUCAUCAGCUCAGACGAUACCGUGGCAGGCUGAAGCUCGGCCUGCUGAGGAUUGCGAGACAACACCUGAAGUUUUGUUUCUUGAUAAACUACAAUGGGGUCCAGGACAUCCGUAUCGUCAGGGCGAUUUACCAGCUGAUUUCCACACAACAGAAAUUAUAAACAAGAUGCGUCAUGCAAGGAAAUGGAUGGAAUUGGUCGACAAAGGUCAGUUCCCCGGCUGGAUGAAGAAACGAGACGACAUCAUUAAAGAUGUUGAGACAAAGGAUUGGAUAUUUAGAGAAGCUGAGAUAGAUGAGCUGCAAGAUAUCCGGCUGGUGCUGCUGCAUCGACUGCAGACUGAGCAGCGGCGUCGUCGCACGAGUCGCGUCAGUAACAAGUUGGCGAAGCUCUGGCAUGAGAAGAAGAAAGAGAUGGAUAGGAAAGUUGAGAUUAUACGCAGGACAAGGGAUAGAGAAUUGCGGAAACUAUCAGCUCGACACAGCAAAGGUGGCCGUGCUGGUGUAUUGCAAGAUAUGAGGGCAUCCCGUGGCGGUGGCUCCCCCACUGUCAACGCGUAUGAUCCCACUUCGAUGCUGCACGCGCCACUCUCUAGAAACGGAUACCAGGCGCGCAGAAAACACGCGGAGAUCACAUACGAUCCGUCCUUAUUGGUUCUAGAAGAUCAUCAGAAAGCUGCAGAACCACCAGCAUGGCUGGAGCGCUGCGGUCAGGAUCUAAAACACUCGUGCUCAGGACACCAUCUCCCGAGGGACACGACGCAGUUAUGUGAGAGAGAGACUAAAUGGAGCGAGAAGUUCUUGAAGAAUUUGCACGAUGAUUUGAAAAAGGCUCGUCUUGGCGCGACAUUAACGGCAGCCGGACCACUCCGUGUGCUGAAACCGCGCCGUCAGACGACGAACCUUCGUCCGCCUACCCCUGAAGUAGAGGCUGUGGAUGAUGAUGAUGAAGAUAAUCAUCAGCACGCUCUGCUACUCCAAAAGAUCAUUAGAGGACGUGCAGUGCAGAAUCUGAUGUUCGAAGGUCGUACCCGUGCAGCAGAGCUUACAGAAGAAUUAAAGACAACUCACGGUCUUCAGAAAGAGGAUAAAGCUCGUAUCGCCAGAGAGGAAGCGAGAGCCAGAGAUCAUAUAGCGCUCCGCACGGAGGCUGAACAAAAGGAGGAUGCAGUGACGGCUUUAGUGGACGAGCUCUGUGGAGGUGCGGUGGCUGCUGCAUUGGACUUCCUGGAGAAAGAAUUGCGAAGAUUAAAGGAGGAGAGAAAGCAUCAUGCGUUCAUACUUAUUGCUUUGAGGGAGAAGACGAUGCGAGAAGCAGCAGAAGCAGGUAGAAGACAGAAAGAAGAGCACAGAAGACGAGAACAUGAUGAGAUGUUCAAACGGGUUCUUGGAGUGACUCAAGAGACAGUAGACGCGUAUCUAAAGGAAAUAAUCCAGGAGGGCGUGGAGCUCGCCAGCGAAGAAGACGCGGUGAAGAUGGCUCUUGGCAAAGCUGAUAAGAUCGAUGAAGCAAUGAGGAAUAAUGGCUCCAUGUCUACAGCAGAACAGAACGAACUAGUGGCAGAAUUAGUGCAGCAGUUCUUGCUACCAGAAGCACAUAAAGCAGCGUCACGACAUCGCAUCAGCGCAGCGCAGGAGAGCAAAGUGGAAACCGCGAGGAAGACAAUAUUUAAACUCUUUGAUGAGUCUAGUAUUGAGGGAGAAAGUUGUACGCGAUGUGGUGCUCAAUUGGAUGAUCUGUGUCGCUGUAGAUAUUGCAAGUUGGAUCUGCAGCCGAUGGCUACCAUCUCACGUGAUGAUCCACGGUGGAAGAAGGCAUUAAGUCGCCCUAAACAACGGGAGAGAUCGUUUGACGAACGAAUUCCUUUAGAACAUGAACUGAGAUAUAAACUAAAUGAUAUAUUACACGAUGCUGUGACAAUGUCCAGAAGACGAGCUGAAGACCUGCAGGCUCUAAAGUUGGACUUUAAACAAGAUCUGUAUGAGAGAUAUCAAGUAUUAAUCGACGCGAGGCAGGCGGUAGACGAUGUAAUAAAUCGUGCGAUGGGUGUAUUACCGCCCGCUGUGCGACGUCCAGACCAACAUUACUUUAUGGUUAGGAAGAUAUCUGACGCGCUCGGUAGAACAGAGCCUUAUCCGAAAUCACCUUGUCCAAAGGAACUGCCCUCUGAGAUCCGACGUCGUGCUGAAGAGAAGUCUAGUGAUAUAACAUGUAGAUGUGAAGGUGAAGGAUCCACUGCGAUUGAUGAGGAGUUUGUUCAACCUGAAGACACCUCCACAAUGUUGCCUUCACAAUUACGAGCACUAGAAGAUCUCAAACGAUGCAAAUGUGACUCAAAGCCGCAGCAGUUUGAUGACACGGAAGGAUCUGAUACAGCAAGAGAAGAAGAUACUGAACAAUCUUUCGAUGAAGGAAGAUCUGAAACAUAUUAAAAUAAUUAAUAAAUAUUUUGAUUUUUACUUGAAAUUUACAUUUGUAAUUAAAAUUUGAUUUUCGUAAUACUUUUUCGAGUACUUUUGUGGUUAAUUUAAAAUAAAUUAUUGGUUUUUAAAUUCCAAAAUAUUAUUGAUUCACUGUUAAUUAGGUUUUCCAUAUUUUCUGAUAGAACUAACCGCGGGCCGGAUUUUGUCACAUAAUAAAUUGUUACUUUUGGGUUAAAAAGAAAACAAUACUUUGUAUUAUACUUAUUUGUUUAUUUUGCUUACUCCAUUUCCAUAAAGAAGCUUUAUAUUGAACAGUGUAUAAAUUUACAACUAAUUUAAUAAACAUUCUUAAAUCUAAAAUAAUAUUUAAAUAUUUGAUAUGGCGAUAAAAUAUUGCG